UAUAUAAAAAAAAAAAAAAUAUAUAGAUAAUCUUGUUUUGUGAAGUGAAAAUAAAAUUUUAGUUUAACAAAAAUCAGUGAUUAAAUUUAAUAAAACUUAAAACUUAAUUUUAACAUCGAGGAGUUUUUUGUUGGGACCAUCAGCACCAUGAAUUGCAGAAUGAAACUCAUCAUUGCAGUGUUCCUGAUUUUAAAUUCUUCAGCAACUAUUAAUUCAGAUCACAUUGAAGUUGAUUGCAUAGAAGUUCAAUGUCCUCUACCGGAACUUGAAUGUCCACCAGACAGCGAAUUAAAAUCAUCAUCUUCGAAUAAUUUCGAAAAUAAUGCCGAAGAAGAUGGUGAUUCGAAUUUAUUUGAUCAACUUGAAGCUGAUGGAAUGAUUGAAGAGUUAUUUUCAAGCUCAAUGUUGCCAACUACAACUCAGUUGCCACAUAUUCUACAAAAACGUAGUCUUCAACAUCGACGUCGUGAAGCGAUUAAAAUUGUUCCAGGAGAUUAUCGAAGUUUUGAACCGGAAUUUUUCAAAUAUCACAACCAUCAUCAACCUCAUAGAAAAUGGAAGAGGGAUCUAAUCAUGGGAGCACAACCUCAUUCUGAAGCUGAAAUUAAAAAAUGUUGCCCAGAAUUUCAGUGUGUCUGUCAGACAUGUCCAAAUGCACCGAAAUGUGAAAAGGAACAUGUUGCAAUUAUCGUUGAAGAAGGUCAUAGGUUGCCAGGAAGUUGUUGCCCAAAAUAUGAAUGCGUUCCUGAAAUGGAGUGCAGUGCUGUAAGUCAACCGAAAACCUCCUACUGGAGAAAUGAAUGCCUCAAGUGUGAUUGUUAUGGUGGACAUGAAUUGUGUCAGCAACUUUGUGAAGUCGAUGAAGAUCAAAGUGCAAUGAAUUGCUUUUCGGGGUAUUUGAAUAGACCCAAGAUGAAUGGAGACAUUUGGUUGGAAGAUGAUGAUUGCAAGGAAUGCAAGUGUGUGAAUGGCGAUAAUAAGUGUCAAAUGAGUGUUUGCAAGGCUGCAGAUUGUGAGAAUCCUGUCAAGGUUGAAGGAAAAUGUUGCAAGGUUUGCCCUGAGAUUAGUACAACUUUGGCACCAUCUUUAUCAACAUCGACAACUUCAACACAAUCACCAGUAACAACUUCAACAUUGUCCCCCGAAGAUGAAGACACAACUCAAGAAGUUCCAUUAACAACUUCGACAACACAAUCUUCAGUUGAGACCUCUACUCCUUCAACAACAACAUCAAUCCCAGUUACAGAAGUUAUUCCGACAACAUUAGAAAUUGAUAAUUCUUCCAUAACAAAUACUGAAGUUAAAACUUCACCUCAAGACAUGAGUCAUCUAUUGGAAGAAAUCGACAUUAUAGUUGUACUAAUUUUAGCAUCAGCUAUUUUAGUUAUCUUUACAAUUGGCAUGGGUUUAGUUGUAUCACAAAGACAAAAGAAAAAGAAACUCAUGUAUUCGACAAUUCCAAGCUCUGAUUCUAGUCAAUCGUCUAGUAUUACAUUGGCUUAAUGUACGCUUACGCAGCGCUAUUAUAUAAAACCUGAAAAUUAUUUUAAAAUUUAAAUUUAGUUAUUUUUUUUUUUUUUUUGUUUAAUUUUUUUUUUAUUUUUGUUGCAAAUUUUUAUUGAAAAUGUUGCAACAUUAUUGUAUACUCAUUUUUAAUUUUUUUUAUUUUUAAUAUUUAUUUAUUAUAUCUUUCUUUUUUCAUAUAUUUUUAAGUGACAGCGUUUUUUUUUUUCAUUUUCCCACAUCUAAAUGUAUUACAAAUGUUGCAGCAACAUUUUCAUAAUUAUGAUUUUUCGACUCCUUGUUAUAAUCAUAAAAAUUGUUACUAAAAUGGUUUAUCUUUUAAAGAGUAA